AUGCAAACUUUUGUUGCAGAGGCUGCCGAUGAGAUAGUUCAUUCUAUGGAUGCUGGUAUAGAACCGGAUACAAGGAUGAGUCCCUCACAUCCUUUAUUGACUGAGGUUGUCUAUCUCAAAAACUUUCUGAUGCCUCUAGAAACAUUUAUUACAGAGGAGCUAUUCUUUGAGUUUCGAUACAGAAAGGUAUCUCAGGAUGGUCCUUAUCAAGAAUUUAGUAUCAUGGUUGAGACUUUCUUUAGGCUGCUGAACAAGAUGGAUUCUUGUCUUGAAGAACUGGAGAAGUUAUUGCCGACUAAGAGUGAAAAUCUUGGGUGCUACCAGUAUGUUGCAAUCAUAAUGGAGCUGAAUAAUAUGUCUAAGCACUUCCCAGACUUAGCAAAACAGUUUUGGACAACUUUGAGGAAUAGGAAGCUUUCUUUCUGCUAUUUAAUUAUUAAAUAUGCUAGCAAGGAGGAUGAUUAUGAAUGGAUUUCGGUGCAUAAAGAGGUGACAAAUUUUGAGUGCAGAAGGCAUUUGGCAAUGAUGUUACUUGCACGAGUUAGUGAUGAGGAUAACAACCUGAUCCAAGAGAUUAUGCUUAUUGACAGAUCACGAUUGUUGGAGGACUCUUUUGAAUACAUUGCACACUCUGAGGCUGAAACACUUCGAGCUAGUUUAGAUUUGCAGUUUAAAGAUGAGGAAGCUACUGGCCCUGGUGUUCUGAGGGAGUGGUUUGUCUUAGUUUGUCAAGCCAUAUUUGACCCUCGAAAUGCCCUCUUUGUAGCUUGUCCAAAUGAUCGUAGAAGGUUUUUUCCGAAUUCAGUGUCUAGGGUGGAUCCAUUGCACCUAGAAUACUUCAAGUUUGCUGGAAGAGUAAUUGCAUUGGCCUUAAUUCUCAAAGCUCAGGUUGGCAUUGUCUUUGAUAGAGUAUUUUUUCAACAACUGGCCGGAAAGAAAGUUUCUGUGGAAGACAUACGGGAUCCAGAUGAAGUUGAUCAAGAUGCUCUAGCUUUAACUUUUAUUGUCGAAGCAGACAACUUUGGAUCCAAAAAUAUUGUGGAGCUCUUGCCUGAUGGAAAAAAUAUUUCCGUGAAUAGUAAAAAUAGAGUAAACUAUGUUGCUCGGCUUGUUCAAUAUCACUUUGUUGAUUCUGUUAAGGAUCAGGUAGCUCAGUUUACUCAAGGGUUUGAUGAUAUCAUGAAUUCGGACAGGCUCCGGGAAUCAUUUUUCCAAUGCUUAGAACUUGAAGAUUUUGAUUGGAUGCUGUAUGGCAGUGAAAGACCUCUAUGUGUUGAGGAUUGGAAGUCUCACACUGAUUACAAUGGCUAUGAGGAAACUGAUCCUCAGAUAUCUUGGUUCUGGGAGACUGUGGCGAGUAUGUCAGCAGGGCAGAGAAAAGCUCUCCUAUUCUUUUGGACGUCGCUGAGGAAUCUACCUGUAGAAGGUUUUGGUGGCUUAACUUCCAGGCUAUACAUUUACAAGGUGAACGAGACGUGCAAUCGCCUUCCAACUUCUCAGACGUGCUUCUAUCGGUUGUGCUUUCCUCCUUACCAAUCGUUGGAAGUCAUGCAAGAUCGUCUCAGCCUCGUUACCCAGGAGCAUGUUGCCUGCAGCUUUGGGACUGCUUGAGAUAAACAUUACUCCAUAUGUCAGGGAUGUAAAUUCUCUUGGUGGCACAUACAAAAAUUAAUACAAGCAUUACAUAAUAUACAUUCUUGUCUGGU